CAUAUUCUGUCAUGGCUUUGUUCCCUCUUCAGCUCUGAUAAAACUUAUAUCCAAAUUGUCCUACCUUAGUUUCAGUAUAAACCUCUUGCUUUGCUCUCUCCAUCCUGUACUAGGUUUAGUUUUCUGCUUGAUCCAAUGGGUCAGGAAAUUGAUUUGCUAGCCAUAUAUCUCUAAGGUCUUAUUCUACAGGAAAAUAAGUUGAACUGAGGCCUUUGAGAAUCUUUUAAUAUAGUUGUAUUGCUAAAGCAAAGUUUGAGCAACUUAUGCUUCCAGUUCUCAAUCAUUCCGUUGCUGCUUUUGAUUAAUUUUACUAGAUGAUAUGCCUACUCUGUGUUGAGUGGUGAAAGUUUAGAUGGUCAGUUAUUUGUUUUUCUUUUGGCCUGCAUUUGAGCUUCUCUGGGUCUUGGUAAUACUAUUCUUCUCUGACCUUCUUUCACUAAGUUCAGCUAUUUGCAUUCCCCUUUUUUUUUUUGCUUGAGUUUGAGCUUCACUGGGUCUUAGUCUUACAAUUAUACUUUGACCUUCUUCUUUGACUAAACUCGCAGGUCAGGCUUCGUUCUUCAGGCGUCUGUUGUUGUUGUUAGUGGUGUCAGUAGUGGUUAGCGUGAUAAAAACCGAGUGGGAAAAUAUAGGGAUGAAAACAAAGAGUGUUGAAAAAAAGUUUCAUUUGAGUUGAAAAUAAAAAAGAAAAAAAAAAGGAAAAGAUGAAAACGGUUAAUCAGGAACCACAAAAGAAAGAAAAGAAUGAAAUAAAAAGAAAUGAGAUGUGGUAUUGAAAUGGACGAGGGAGGUGUUUCCGAAAAUGAUUCACUCAGAUUAAAUCUGAGGCGUAAUCCGUGGAGAAUGGAGACUGGUGAUGUGCAGGCCAGACUGGUGGCUUUCCUGAUGGUUAUUGCUGGAGGAAUAGGUAGAUGUUUGCUGCUUAUGGUGAGAGGUCUUUGAUCUCUAUAUUUUCACCUCGAUUGGGAUUGAUAGGGGGUUUUGAUUUCUUUCAGCUUGUUUAUAUGCUAUCAUAGUAAUAAACUAAUACUAGUUAUUCAUGUACUCAUGAAUGCUGGAUGAUUGCUUGGUGAAUGAUUUUAAGAAAUUAAAUAUGGAUGGCUUAGAAAAAGAAAAAAAGAAAUGAUGUGGUAAGGCUGAUAAUAAUUCAUCGUUAUGUGAUCAUUCUGCUGGCUUGUAAUUCCAUGCAACCAGUUUUUGCAUUGUUUUCGGAUGCGCUUGGCUGUAGUUGUAUUCAGUGCCCUCAUCUGCAUGGUACAACCACCUCCUGUGUUUAAAGAUACAUUUUUCUUGGGUGUGGUUGUUGACUGGAAUUUCGAGCUUUCAAUGGUCUCUAGUCCUUUGUUUGUGUCUUAUAAGAACAACACCUUUGAAAUGCAGCAAAGGAAAAUUGAUCUUUUGUACUGCAAGGCUUCUAAAUGUGUUUCAGACACAGCUGUUUUGCUCUACAGCUCAUUUUCGAUUUCUUCCUUUUGUUUUCCCUGUGCAACAUAAUGUUCAUAGCAUGAUGUUGCUUGUCCAGUAAUAGUGUUGGUUUGUAGUUGGCUUUGAUAGACUUUGAUGGCUUGUAGUUGGUGUUGAGUGGUAAAUUUUGGAGCUUGUUUGACAACACCAUUGUAAAACUACAAUAAUCUCAGUAAUAUCUUAGACCUAUGUAUGCUUUGUUUUCUAGAAUCUUGUUACACUUUUACCACUUGUAGCUGUUAGCUGUUUAUCUCGUAAUAGAUUCUAUUUCAUUCACCAAGUGUCAACCUAAACCCUCCUGAAGUGAUGGCUUUGUUUGAGAUUUAAGAGAAUGAGUUAAGACAGGUUGGAGUGGGACUUUUUGAUGCAGUCUAGGAACUGGUAACUAUAGGAUUGUUUAAAGCUAGAAUAUCACAUGCCGUUUCUGUGUUAGCUAUUGAAUGCUGAUAGAUUGUGUCAAUAUUUGUCUUAUCUGUUCCUGGCUAUUACUAAGCAGGGUUUUUUGUGUUAUAUCCAUUGCAGGUUGACUACUCGUGUACACCUGAGGAAGUACAGCAGCAUUUCCAGACGUGUGGAACAGUAAAUCGAGUCACUAUUCGCACUGAUAAAUAUGGUCAACCAAAGGGUUACGCUUAUGUGGAAUUCCUCGAGACCGAAGCUGUUCAAGAGGCGCUUCUAUUAAAUGAAACUGAGCUACAUGGCCGACAAUUGAAGGUAAAACCUUUUGACGUGAAAUCUUCAUGUUCUCUUAGAUGUCCAAUGAUCUUCUUUUUCCACUUCAGAUAUGUAGAUCUCAGAACCUUGAAUCCCUCCUCUUUUCUAACUGGAGAUUUCCUUUUUCAUAUUUCUCCUUGUCUACCUGUAAUGACUUGCAGGUGACUGCAAAGCGGACUAAUAAACCUGGGAUGAAACAGUUCCGUCCUCGUCGAUCCAAUCCAUAUGCUGGAUUUCCACCGAGGGGUGCAUUUGCAGCUCCCUAUUUCUACCCUGCUUAUGGAUAUGGGUACACUACUACCUUUUAGCUAUCUGCCUUAGCUUCUUUUAUUGUGAACAGCGGAUGUUUUUUGUGCUUAUUUGCCUCUCUUCCUGUAUAGCUUGUUUAGGUUCUCACAUUCUUGUUCUAUAUUGGGGAUGUUGGUUGCAGGAAGAUUCCAAGGUUCAGAAUGCCAGCACGUUACAGCCCUUACAACUGAGAAUGGUGUGACGGUUGAGGCAGCAAAUUGCUAGCAGUUAGUUGCUUCUGGAGCGGAUGUUUUUAUGAUUGUUUCCUUGAGCUUUUCAUUGAGAUGGACGGUGAUGAUUUAGAAUGUUGAAUGGAAGACCGUGAACCCUUGUAAUUGUGAUGGGUCUUUUUGCGGAUUGAUAAAUGUGCUGUUUUGGGGCUGGCGUUGGUUAUGUUCUUUCUUUUUUGUUUUGAAAGGAGAAAACAGCCCUAGUAUAUUGUCUGCAAGCUUUCUUUGUCUGGUUUAGGGUCAGAAGAAUAUGAUAAUAACAUAUUUUGGAGGGCGUUGGUUUCUCGUUGCACUGCCGGGAUUGAAUCACAUAUACCUUAUGUUUGGCCCGGUUUUUAGAAGUGCUUUUCGGGUUUAAAAGCUGAAGCAGGGCCAAACACCUGUAAAAGCUCGGCUUUUAAAAAGCCGAAAAGCGCUUUUACUCACGAGGUCUCUUCAUGCAACAGGGGUAAUUAAACUAUCUUGUGCACAAGGACUCGAUAUACACCACAAGAUAGCUGUGAAGCUAUGAUAUCAUUAGUAACAUAUUCGGUAUAAGAACUUGAGUAGUCUCUUGCUUGGUGAUCUAGUGAUUGUCAAGACACGAAGUCUCUUCAUACCUAGAACAAUCAUCGCUUCAAUGCAUGGGCAAUUUCUUGGCAUGUCAUGCAUUGGACAUCACUACCUGUGAUUUCUCGUCAUGCCAUAUGGUCAAUAGGCUUCCCCUGUCAACUCAGAACUAUGACUCAUUUACCUUGGCUUAGACGAGAACGAGAAGAAUAACCUUGUAGGCUGUAGCAGGGAGAAUGGCUUGGUGACGGUCUCUGGCCACCAUGAUUCUAUUCUACCUAGGACUAAACUGUUGAAUCAUAUGCAUGCUAUCUCAUCCACAUGGAAAAUAAGUUGCUUUAACGUACGGUUUAUUUUACAGAAAGAGUUGCGAAAAAUUUCAAAUCAAGAUUGGAGUGCCAAACUUACAUACAACACUGUGAUGUCGGUGAGUUCAAUAUAUAUAUAGACAGAAUAAAGUCUGGACGUUUUGUAGACAACCCAAGACAGACUUUAGAGCAGAAGCAAGGAAAACACGCAGGCAAACCAGCAUGGCUGUUGCAGCCGAAAGGUAGAGAUUUAGCACCAGAAGGACCGAUCCUUUACAGAAACUUCACCAUCUUCCUUGUAGUCCAGUGUCCACCUCUCAAAUGUACAGUCUACGAAAUCAUAAUAGCCACCAUGGAUGGAGAGUUCUCCACCCUUCGCUUUCUCUUCUAUCCAUGGAUAAGUUAGAAGGUUUGUCAAUGUACAGCUUACUGAUUCCUGCAAAAACCAUGACAAUAUCACAUGAAUCAAUCCCGGAAAUUUUA